CCGCGAUCGAUCCUACUGCAAUCGGUCGCCGUGAAGUUCGAUCGAUCGCUAGAAGGUCGUGCGAUAAACGUGUUCGUGUAGUGCUGAGUUUUAUUCUAAUGAAGAGGGUUUUUUGCUCUCAUUAAACACAGAAGAAUACCUAAAUAUAACGGGAAAAAUACAAUAGAAUACCUACUUUAAGGCAACGGAAAAGCGUCGAGCGGAAGUUUCGCGGAUGCAAGCUAUCACGGGGCGACAGAAAGGAUCGAUACAUCUGUUACCAGCGCAGCGCUUCGAUUGAAAUAAGGAUGCAGCCAGGUGUGAUAGUAAUUCAAGCAGCGGUCUGGCUAGCGUUGUGCAUGGUAGUAGUGGGGACAGCCAUCCUCCACCCCUCACGCCUUACUCCCGAUCAAUACUUCCAUUUGAUUACACACCGCCGUGGACUCUAUCGAGGUGCCGAUGGCCAACUGUACUGGAAGGAUGAGAAUCCUGCUUCAAGUCUGCGGUUCGACCUUACGAUCAGCCCGCGAAGUUCAGUUAAACUAGACACUGUCUCUCCGAGUGGAUCCUUCAGAUCUAAAUACUUUGACGAAGAACUGUUCUUCCCACGAAUGGGAAAAAGCGCCACAUAUGAUUUCUCAUCUUCGCCUGAAGUCGAGAAAUAUACAGAAACUUCAGAAUCUCCUUCGCGUAAGUCACCGCCGUCGGAAAAUAAUGAUCCUUUCGUAGCCGAUGACACUUUCCAAGAUCAAGGACCUGGAUCAGUGGAGAUGUAUAAAUUGGAUCUGCUCAGAGAGAGGCCUUUGCUGAACUCAACCCCCAUAUCCAGAUUAUUAAUAAAGACCAAGAGCAAAACACCUAAGAAGUUCAAUCAUAGUAGUUGGAGGGCUAACAUGUCGGAGAAUAAAACGAUUAAUUCAAACAGACUCCAUAAACAAUCCAACUCAUUCACCGAUUUCAGCUCAGAAAUGCCGCCCGAUAGUGAUCCUUUCAGUGUUGGCGGGGUACCAGAGUUACAAGUGGGCUGUGAAGGAUUAGAAGCGUCUAAUCACAUGCAGAAAAGGUCCAUAGAAUUUUCUAACAAGAAUACAGAUGCGGUAGACCUGUGGCCUGAUGUGACGCCGAUAUCACUGGACCUAGACUACGAUCUGUCUACUGAAGAUUACGAAGAAAUGGAUGAGCUCCUGAAGCUGAAGAAACUGGAGACCACCAAUAUGAUGCAGAACAGAGGCGACAUUGAAGCCACUCUUCAUUCUGAGUUUUAUGAGGAACAAAGACGGGCAGAGAAACUACCUGUCCGGGGAGAUUUAGGCAAGUCGGAUUUGAAGAACGAGUCCACUAUCAAUGGCAAGCAGCCGGAGGACAGUUUUGAUCUAGCUGGCAUCAAGGAUUCUCAGAAUGAAAGAUUGCCAAGUAAUCCACGUCGCAAGAUUCUAUGGUUUGAGGACAGGAAACGCUCGAAACGAGAAAUGUGGGGUUUCGGGAAGGACGAAGGCGUGGUGUCCAGUGCUGAGCUGGAGACCGAGAACCAACGGCGGAGACAAGAUUUCGAAAAACGAAGGAAGAAAGGAGAGAUGAGAGGUCAGGAACAGGAAAGGAGACAUAAGGACACACACAGACAAGAUUACACUGAGAAUCGAACCAAUGCUGACAUCGAGAGAAUUAGAAGUGAUUACGAGAAGCGGUUACAACAAAGGGAAGAAAAAAGGAGACAGCGGCAGUGGUCAUCAUCAAAUUCGUGGCAGCCGCAAGAAGAUCACAGGCAACAUCUUCAGAAUGAAAGAAUGCAAAGAUGGCGUGAUGAAGAGAGACGGGGAAAGGAACAGCCUCACAAUAGAGAGGAGUUUCGAGUACAGGAAGAGCAAAGGCAGCAAUCCCGAGAUGAGGAUUUGAAAAGACAGAAAGAGGAGAGGAGACUACUUGAAGAAAGACGAAACGAUCAGUCCAGGUGGGAAGUAGAGGCGAGAAGACGACAAGAGGAAAUGAGACAUCUAGAGGAACAAAGAAGAGAAUGGAUGCUGAAGAAACAACUAGAAAAUGAACCUUCGAAUUUUCUACCCAUGCGGGCCAGUCCUAGUGAAAGUAGACAGACUGAACUAGAAGUAGAAAAAGAGCGCAGAGAAAAGUUAAGGAAGUACAUGCAAAGCAAUCGACCGGUUAUUGUGAACCAUUCAGCUGAUCGACAGAGAGAAGAGAAUAGGAGGAUGCUGGAAAGGGAACACAGAAAGUUGGAAGAGCAAAAGUUGCAAGAAUAUAUUCGAAGGAAUCAACCCAUUCACGUUCUGGAGACGAACAGAUCCGACGGGAAUAAUUGGCUAGAAAACAGAAGGAUGGAUAAUAGGUACCCUGGACCGGAGAACGUAAGAAGGAAUCACGGUCCAUCUGCUCCGACGAAUAUCAAUCCCAGAAACUACGUGGACGAAAUUAGAAGAAGGGAUACGGUGGAAGGGAGAAUCCGCGAACGAGAGAGACAGGAGGUAAAUCAGAGAAGAAUAGAGGCUCUGAGGCGAGAAGAAGAAGUGCGAAGGAUGCAGUCGAGGAAGUACGAGGAGCAACGAACCAGGCAAGAAACGGCGAGGCUAGAUGCCGAAAGAAGGACGAAAGAACUGAUCGAGGAGCAGACUAGACAAAGUCCAUCUGGAAAGACUGGUUCGUUCGAGACUACGAAACUUGGAGAUCGUAGAAGAUUCGAGGAGCCUAGGAGGAAACAGGACGCGAGCCUUAUUCGCAGUAGUUUAGAGCCCAGACGGCCUGCAAACAUCGAAAGACAGAAAAUGGAACUAGAGAGGGGAAUAAUCCAUAACAGAGCGAAAGAAGCCAGUGAGCACCAGGAACGCACCAGGGCAAUGCCAGAACAAUGGCAGCAGCAAGAAGAGGCCAGAUUGAACGCUUUGCCUGUAAGAGCCAGAAUAAUACUUCGCCCCGGAGGAUCCUCCUCCAAGCCGGGGUUAAUGUCGAGGGCUGGAUUUGACAACGAUGUUGGUUUCCCAAAUAAUAAUCGGAUCGCAACCAGUCCGCGACCGUUCCCGACAAACCCUCCGCCAUGUGUCUGGGCUGUUAUUCAGUGCUGUCCAACCAGCACCAAACGUUUGGUCAACUGCUUCGAGACUAUGGGCUGCGCCGGUAUUCAUUGGGAUCCGAAUCCUUGCAGGAUCUCCAUCAUUCAAGCUGCUAGGGAGCAAGUGAUGAAAUUCUACGAGGACCGCGAGUAGAACGAAAGUGUUUAGCUUUGUGUUUAUAUUCUACCGCAUCCACGGCUGAGUUAAUUUAAUGUAUACAAGA